CUGCAGCAGUUCCAAGUGUGACAUGCGUUGUACUUUCCUCUCGCUCCCACUCAAACUUAGCUCAUGAAUUAAGAGAAAGACUAUCUCCAGACGACCAUCCAUAAUCACAUUACGGGGUAUAGAAAUGAAAGUGAUCCGUGUGUUUCCUUCAGUGCCAAUGUUAAGCUCUUGAGGCAAGGUCGAGCAAAAAGUGCCGGUGAAACCCAAGUCAAAAUGCUAAGUCAAAAUAUUGUCACAAUUUUAGUUCUGCUUAUGUUGCAAGUGGCGUUAGGAGUUGACCCUCAAGUAUAUGAAACUGUGGACGAAAAAUCCAAUACUAGAAUAGUACGAGAUCCCUUUAAUCAACCAAGGGCUAGGCUGUACAAACCCCAAACCUUCAAUUAUCAAAGUGCACUUCAACAAAACCAACGAAUGUUUCGCUACGCGAAACAACAACGCGUCGAUAUGCAAAAUAUUGUAAAAAGGGCCCAAACACAAGCCAUCGACCCCGCAGUCGCUUCGUCGACAAAACACGAAAAUUACAAGCUUCCGCAAGAAAAAACCAACACGACAUCGCUCUAUUCGAUGUGGCAUAAGAUCUCGCAAUUAUCAACCACGAGAAAACCGGUAACGAGUCGCAAAAUGAAACCUAGCACUUACUACGAAGACUUUGAUGGCAAAAUCAAACGGCAAGACAACAACCAACUUGUCUACAUCAAAAACCAACGCUCUGAACACGAUUUAAACGCACUGAGUGCCUUGGUGGGACAACCACCCAGCAAUCAGUUGGAAGGUUUGAAACGUCUCCUUGAAUCAACUCAGUCUAGUCUAGUCCUGCCUCCAAUCAAAGGCCCUUUACCAACACCCGUCAUCGAACACAGUGUUGAUAUACCAAACCCCCGAACUCACCCAAACGUCGACCAGAACCUCUCCCUUGAAGCCCUUCAAUCCCAACUGGACGAAAACGCGAAAGCUCAACUCGCCAAAGCUCUAGCUGAUGCCCAACAACAAGCUUUUGCCCACGUCGAAGCCCAGCACCAGGCCAUAGCCAAAGCCCAGGUCGAAGCCCAGAAAAAGGCCUUAGCCCAAAUUGCGCUCCACAACCAAGGGAUCAAAGGAGAACGACUUCCACAACCCCUACCCCUCAAACAACACAUAUCACAACCCCUAACUGCCCGAAACGAAACUGUAAUUAAACCGAAGACAAGUGCGAAACCUCGCCAGAGUCCUAAAGCUUAUCAACAAGUGGUUUUAGAGACUCAGAGUCAAAGCCAAAAAGUCCUUCCCGAGAUCAACCAUCAGUUGAAACUUGACGGUGUUGACGAUCAUACAUAUGCCGCACGAUACGCUUUCGGCUACAAGAUCAGAGACGUCAAAAUGGGGAACGAGUUCGGACAUGAGGAAAAAAGGGAAGGAGAGAACGCCAAAGGACACUACCAUGUCCUGCUGCCGGACGGCAGGAUGCAGAAAGUGGAGUAUUUUGCCGGACCAAGCGGAUAUCACGCGAAAGUCACUUACGAAAAUCUCGCACAUCAUUAACUGAGUUCGUUUACUUAGUCUGAAAGGUAAAAAGAUGAUAAAAAACUGUGUAAAAGGUUCUUGAGUUAUCACAAGAUACGUGACUUUUCUCCUGUUUAAAACACUGUCAGUGUCUCAUUUUAUUUUCUGUAAUUUGCUGAGAACUAAAUCUACUCAUAUUUUAUUGGAAUAUCAAGUUUGGAAAAAAAACGUCUGCCAUUUGAUGAUUUAAUAGAAAGUAGUGCCUAGACUAUAAAUCCUCGGCUACAAAAUACUCACCUAAUUGAUCAUCUGCAGCAUCUGGGUGUGUUUUUAAUUGCUCCUAUUUAUCUCAUAGACACACAAAUGCAACAGGUGGUACAAAUGGCUUUAAGCCGAAUUUUUUAGGGAUUUGUGCAAUAAUGUUUAGACUGAGCUCGUCGAACAUUGUCUUAGUUCUAGUAUUUAUGUUUGAUUUAUGUUGUUGUUUGUAAUUAAACCUCUUUAAACAAAUUAAGUGCAGUGCAUUUAUUUACCACUCCUAUCAAUUUUUUGACGAAUAAAAUUUCUAUGAACCUAAAAAUACUGUAAGAUGAGUCUACGACAACGAUCAGGAAAAAAUAAACAACGUGCUCGACUUUAUCCAAUUCCGCGAUAAAAUUCUUAUUGACACACUUCGCUGUGGGAGCCCCCCACUGUGACGUCACCUGAGAAGGUCGUCAUUCAAGUGCUGAGUACAGAACUGCCGACCAGACUGCAAAUUUCACUUAUCACGAGAUAUGUUUGUAAAAUCAGCGAAACUAUUUCACAUAAAAUAAUGACAGUCCAAGCAACCAACGCCAAAAACGCCGCAGAGUCGAAGUUUUCACAAAAAUGUGUUCAGGUUAGAUCGUUCUAUAACAAACAUUUCCCCACUGACCGACGGACGUUUAAUUUGAGGCUACCUUUCGUCGGUUUGAUCCUUUCAGUUUUGGCGUUACAUUUUGUUACUUCAGAGUUUGCGGUGCGAUGGUAUUUUGGAAGAGAAAUCAACGACCUCGCCCGUUAUUGUUACAUUUUUGCGGCUGCCGGCGUCGGAUUUGAAUUGUACUACGGGCUGAAAAUUGGAGACCGUAAACAAUACACACCUUGGAUAUUACUAAAAUUCGUCGAAUUGGGUUUCAUUUGCGCUACUAUUAUCUACAUUUUUGUCGACAGCAGGAAUCAUCUAAAUAGCGCCUCAGCAGCUAUUAUUUAUGGCUUCAUACUUUUAGUUCUCAACGGCUUUGUUACUUACAUCGUAACAUCCGCAUCAUGGAGACAGUUUCACGGAAAACCAACAAAGACUGAUGUUGAUGAGAACAUUUAUGAAACUUAUGAUGAUGUUUAAUAAAGCUGUUUAUGACUAACACUUUAAAUGUACAUAAAAUGUAUAAAAACUGUACCAAUGAUUAGAACUGUCCUUCUAUACACUUGAUUAAUAAAGCGUUUCUUACAACA